AUGAAGAAGUUUGCAAAAACUCUACUUGGAAACCCCGGUCUACUUUUUGCCGGUAUUCCAUUGACGAAGGAACGUAUUGAAUUUUACUACAAUCAAUUGAUAAAUCUGUUUAACAUGUGCACGGUGGACGAUAAUAAUAAGUGUGUAUUCGAACGUGUUAUAAAAUGUUGUUUGACUACGAAAGAACAGCUUUUGAAUGAAUUAGAAAAGCGUGUAAAUAAUUUACGCUAUUUGGAUUAUUGUCGAUACGAAGGAGAUAAAUUGAUGAGGGGAGCGGAAGAAAGCAAAAUUAAAAAAGUACAAUUAGCAUUGGCGUUGUAUGAGCAAUCCAGAGCAGCAGUACGAACAUUAGAUAAAAACGGACGCAUAUCUGAAAUAGUUGAUUUGAGAAAAUGUAUGGCAAAAUCACUUAUUUUGGCUGACGAAUUUAAAUGUUCAUUGUCAGCUCAAAGCUCUGCAAUUUCAAUUCUUCUAAAAACUAAUGAAGAAAGCAGCUCAAGUGUUGGAAUAAAAGCUCUAGAAGAUUUGGUAAAACUGUUGAAAAGUCUACAAGAAAAGUCUAAUGGUCGAAUAUUGGACGAUCCCAUAGAAAUGAUGGAAAAGGAUAAUAAUAAACUACGGAAUUAUUUCGAUUGUAGAAUUCGUAAUCUAAUACUUGCACAAUAUUUGUCCAGCGCAGUGAAAGGUGAACAGAAUCUGGAUAAGUCGAAAACGGUUGAAAAAUACCCAACAAUUGCUUCAUUUAAACAUCUUGAAAUACCGACAAUGUCGUAUGCAUUUGAAAUUGGCAUAAAUGCUCAAUUGUUGAACAUGGAUGGAAUGUUCCCAUCUCUCAUUAUUGAACGAAUGUUAAAUGAUCCAUUCCUGAGCAGUUAUGCACGAACACAUUUUCCUAAUGCCAUUGAUAAAUUGGAAAAAGUUCCCUCGCGAAGUUAUGCAUGGCGAACACAUCAACCGCUCCAUCUGAUCACCCCCGACAUCAUAGCGAUCCACAGUGGGCAACUAAGCGGACAUUAG